AAGUAAUGGUUCGAUUUAUGAAAGAAUUUAGUAGAACUGAACGCGAGACAGCUUCCAUAACACAGGCAAAAGCUUACCAGAACACCAUAUUUGAAAGUGUUGAUGUGGAAUAUUUUCUCAGCAAGAAUAAUACUUACCUUGGUUCCUUUAGGCCAAAUGGAACAGUUAAUACUUAUCUGCGAAAAUAUAGUGUACCAACUGAUACAGAAGAUAAAGUCCAGGAAUGGUUUAAUAGACUGAUGGAGAAUCUCCCAAAAUUUUCAAAGGGCAUCGCUAUAAUAAUAAGAGAUACACACACUAAUGUAUACCUUAGUGGAUAUAAACCAGAUAUUAAUAUCAGUGUCUUUAUGGAAGACGAUAUUAUAAACAAUGCAUAUCUUACCAUGUAUGUACAAAUGCUUUUGGAGGUGAAAAAGGGGAAGAGUUUCUCUCAUUUGCUUGAUGAAGACAAGG